AUGGCUGGUAAUGCCCCUGCUCUCAAGGCCAUUGCCGAUACUCGCACAUGGAAAUGGCCGAAAGGGCAAUGGGACUGCUAUCUGGUGCAUCGGGCAGCGUUUAACGAUUACGUUGAUGCUGUUCAGGUUUUGCUCGAUUCAGACUGUCCCAUUGAUAAGAGAGACGACCGCAAUAUGACUGCUCUUGCAGUUGCCGCAGUUCGUAAUAAGGCAGCAACAGCAAAGCUUCUUCUGGAGAAAGGCGCGAGCAGAGCCAAGCUUAGCCGUGAUGUUCGACUUGCUCCGUCUACUCUUCUUGAAGAAUAG